AUGUUGUUGCGACAAGUGCCGAACCGCAACGGCUAUGAGACUUGGCGGCAGCUGGUUAACAUCUACGCACCGCGAUCGAAAGUGCGAGGACUUGCACUGCUGAAUGCCAUCAUGUCAUUUCCCCCGUUUGUGAAAAGCAAAACGACCAGGGAGCAGGUUGACGGUUUGGAUCGCCUUGCUCAGGAGUAUGAAAGGGUCUCAGGAACGGCUGUGAAUGCAGAUAUUCUCCUUGGGACUUUACUUCGGGUUUUGCCGGCGCACUUGAGAAACCACAUUCAGCUUCAGAUGAAAAGUGACACCAGCUAUGAGCAGGUCAAGCAGUUCAUUCUGACGUAUGAAUUGACGACCAGCAAUUGGUCGGCGUCCAAAGUGCAGCAAAGCUUAGGAAUAGGCUCCUCGGGUGACCAUAGUGCCAGUGAUCCCGUACCCAUGGAUGUAGACAGGGUCGCUAAGGGGAAACCUAAAGGCGGCAAGGGCGAUGGUCGUGGAAAAGGUGGAAAGGACAAAGGUGGAAAGGGCGGCAAGCCCAAUGGCGGGAAGCCGAAUCCCGGUGGCGGUGGAGGCAAGUCGCAAAAUGCCAACCAGCCGAAAGGCAAAGGAAAGGGAGGCAAAGCACAGAAGGAGACGCGAAAAUGCCAUCACUGCCAUAAGGUUGGACAUCUCGCCAAGGAUUGUUGGCUACUGCAUGGCAAAGGCAAAGGCAAAGGCGUGCAUCAGGUUGCAGAAGUUAACCCUUCAAGUGCAGCGAGCGAGGCGCCCACCAUCACGACAUCAGGUGGAGCGACUAGCACGAGUGGAACAGUGCGGCGAGUUCAGGUGUUUGACUUGAGUGCGCCCGCUGACUGGUUCAUUGGAGGGCAUGUUCGUGCUGUCACAUGUGCCAUGCAGUCAGCUCGGAAUCCCAAGGCAGUUCAGAGCCCAGCAGGUCCCAGUGGCCAGGUUGCGAUCGGCCAGGCGUGCAGCAGCGACAUGUUGUCACCAGAAUUUCUUGAGAUUGUCCGAUCGCUGGAAGGUUCAUGUUUGAACAGUGCAGAGCCAGCGUGCGUUUUUGAGAGUAGCGAUGCAGUCAGCUCGGAAUCCCGAGGCAGUUCAGUCCCAGCAGGUCCAUUUUAUUUUGAUCAGAGCACAGUGCCACAGGUGUCCCAGGCUGCGCCAGCAGCAGAUCAGAGCACAGUGCCACAGGUGUCCCAAUUUGACAUUUCGGCCGAUGAUGAUUCAGGAUCGUGGGAGCACGGAGUUUCGGUGCAUGAGCUCAGCACUCUCAAGCGCUUGGAGCCCAACAAAGGCUUUGUGUAUGCUGUUCAGACAAUCCAAGAGCUGCCCUCAGCUGACGAUGCCCUGGAUGUGAUUUUGGAUUCAGGUGCAGACAUGAGUUGCUUGCCUCUUGAGUAUGCACAACAUGGUUUCGACCACGGUCCUCACAACUUGCAACUGCGUGAUGCGCAAGGCGAGCCGCUUGCUGUGAACGAUCUUCGUGAAGUUGAGUUUGUCGUUGAAAGCAGCACAGGGGAACAUGUGGUGUGGCGAGAAGUUUGUGCGAUCGCCCCAGUGACACAGCCUCUCUUGUGCAAGGGCAAGCUCAUGAAAGCAGGCUGGUGGCCCGUCAGACAGCCAGACAUGGCUCUUGAGCAUGACAGCAGUGUGAGGGUUCCGAUUUCUUUCAAAGGAAAUUCCUUGUGCGUUCGAGCAAGCAUUUUCAGGGUUGGCCAAGAAUCCUUGAGUCCAGCAGGGCAUGUGAUGUUUGUCCAAGCAUCAGUUUGCAAUGAAAUGGCCGAUGCGAAUUUUGGAUGGCAAAUGUCAGGCACGGGAAACUUGUACUUUCGUGGCAGGAGCACUCACUACAUUGAUCCGUCGAUCAUUGCGCCAGUGGGGUGGCCCUGCAGAACCACUUUGGUCAAGCCGUGCACACCUGAUCAUAAUGCCUGGAUUUUGCUUGAGCAUUGCGCGCACUGGGGUGAGUUGCGAGAGCUUGCGGCCAUUUUACCGCACGGAGAGAGUGAUGUAGUAUGCAUUCUCUCUUCGUCACGUGAGGAGUUGUCCGAGUUUGGAGUGGAACCCCACAGGUCAACGCAAGGGCACAUUGAUUGGUCUGGCCCGCAACCUGGAGACCCAGAUGCUGAUGAGCUUGCAGAUUACGAGCCUUCCGAAGCCGACAUGCAGGACACUUCUGCACCACAGUUGGUGGAGGCGAUGCCAGGUGUGCCGCAGGUUCACAGGGAUGUGGAGGUGUUGCCAGAUGCCGAGGGCGUCACAGGCGAGGCACCAGUGCCAGGAAGCAGCAGUGACAUUCUUGUGUUUGAAGGCGUUGAGCUUUCCUUGCAGAGCACAUUGAGUGUGAUUCGUACGGCAUGCAAGUCGGCUGGGAUAUCAGGUUCAGGGAGCAAGCAGCGUUGCCUUGAUCGCUUGAGGGGUUACCUUGACAAGCAGCAAUUGGCCCUGAGUGCCGAAGUUGCUCAGACAGUUGGAGAUGACAGUACUCGUGAGCCGAGAGGGCAGUCCGUCACCAAGGCCCCAACAGAAGCCGAGAGGCAGUUGCAUGAGCUGACCCAUUGGCCAUUCCGGCCAUGGUGCGAUCACUGCAUGGCCAUGCGUGGUGUUGAGGACCGGCAUGAAUCACUGCCGGGGAGUGCCGACACUGAGGUCCCGAUCAUCAGCUUCGAUUAUGCCUUCACCAGUGUGUCAGGUGCUGAGGGCCAGGGCAAUGCAGCCAAGUUGACCGUUCUGGUUGCACAUGACACCAGCACCGGCAGUGUGCUAGGGCUUCCUGUUGCAAGCAAGGGGCGCGAGGAUCUGAAGUUCAGUGCAAUCGAGCUUACAAGGUUCGUGCAAGGCUUAGGCCAUAACAGCAUUUUCCUUUGCUGUGACAAUGAGCCCUCCACGUUGGCUCUUCAAAGUCUUGUGGUCAACGUUCGGACCAAGCUCGGGUUCAAAACCAUGAUCCGUGAUGCGCCGGUGCACUCGCAUGCAUCAAAAGGCUAUGUGGAGAAGGCCAUAGACUUGGUAAGAGGUCUUUCCAAUGUCUUGCUUGAUCAGGUAAGAGUCAAGUACAACUUGAGUGCUGAAACCAUCAGUGCAGAUCACCCUUUGAUGGCAUGGAGCUAUGUUCACGCAAGUUACAUCUUGAACAGGUUCGGAGUGAAAGGCGGAGCAACUGCAUUCGAGCGUGCCACUGGUUACCGUUUUGCAUCCAAGCUCGCUUGCUUCGGAGAACCGGGCGUCUGGCUGACACGAUCCAUCAGACGCAAUGCCAAGCCUUGGUCGGAUGAAGUGAACUUGAUUUUGGAAGGAAAGGGUUUCCCUUGGAAUUACCAGUUGGGAGUUCUUGGAGCGAAAAUUUUCCCACAGCCACGGAAUCGUGUUCCAAAGCCGGCCGAGGACGCUGAUGAGGUGUUUGAACAGCAGCAGAGUGCGCAAGGUGAUGUGUCAGGUGCCAGAGGUGAUGAGGCACAGGCAGUUGCAUCAGGUAUGCCGAGUGUGGCGGGGAUGGCGGGGAUGCCUCCGCUUAGCAGCCAGCCACCGAACCCUGCACCAUCCUCCAGAGCCACAUUGCUUCUUGAUCGCCACGACAGAGGGAGUGCGAGUGUCCCAGGCAGUGUGCCAGCGAGUGUGAGACCUCCUCCUCCUGCGCAUGCUGCGGUGAAUGAGUCACCAAUGGAAGUCAUGGGGACCGACCCACCAACAUCCUCUGAGUCAUCCUUGUCUUCCUCUCCAGAGGCCUUGCCCACUCAGCCUGUGUUGGACGACAGCACCAUGGAGCAGGCAGAUCCAGAUGAGUCCCAUGCAGCAAAGUUUCAGCGGAUCGCCCGAGUAGGCCGUGAGGACUUCCCAAUCAAUGAUGAGGUUUUGGAGUCCGCCGCAGAAUGGGAGGAUGCAGCACAGUAUGUGCAGCUUGGAGAAGAUGCCGAUGCAGAGCUUGAUCCAAGCCUUACCGCUGAAGAGGCAAAGCUUCUUGAAGAUGAAGACCUUCUAUGGUUCGAGGAGAUCCCAAGCCUCAGUGACGAGGAGUUGUCAGCCUUGGAUUACGUGGCAGACACUUUUGAGGUGAAGCGACUUCUUGGAAAGCAAGUCUUGGAGGAAGUCGGUGACAGCUUUGAUCUCAGUGGUUACAAGGAGCUCUCCACGAAGUUCGUGAGAACGUGGAGGCAAAAGAAAAGGCGUGGGCGCAUGAUGUUCUUUCGUAGAUCACGCUUGGUGGCAAGGGAAUACAAGUGGAUGGAGCGUGACCGGGAAGGUUUGUAUGCCCCGGCGACAUCGUCGCUCACCACGAAACUUCUGCCAUGGCUGUUUUGCGAGAUGAACAGGCGUCAGGAAGGUGCAGCCACAGACGAUGAUCCCAUAGGCGUCGUAGCUCUCGACAUAAAAGAUGCUUUUCUUUGCGUCCCACAGGAGCGUCCCAUGCUGGCCAAGAUUCCGGGUUUUCCUAAAAGGAUGCGGUUCCUCAAGAUGCUGCCAGGGCAGAGGGACGGAACGGCCAGGUGGCAUUCGUUCAUCAUGGACUACAUCCGCGAGAGACACCCGUUGUCUGUGUGCCCUUCCUUGUACAAGCUGAAGGAUGCGAAAGAUCGCUCCAAUCCGGGUGUGAUCCACGUCGAUGACCUCUGCCUUGUUGGGUAUGUGAGGUGGAUCUUGCAGCAACUGGUUCCCAGUCUUGAAAGCACUUUUGAGCUGUCGUAUGAGGUUGCAUGUAAGCCCGGGGAUUCCUUUAAGUUUCUUAAAAGGGAGCACGUUCUUCUUGAAGAUGGUAUCUUGAUCAAGCCGUUGUCUGAUCAUGCAGUGAACAUGUGCAAUCUUCUUGAAGUGCCACUGCACAAGAAAGUGCCAACGCCGUGCACAAAGGACAUUUUGGUGCCCGACACCAGCAAGUUGCUGGACAGUUCGAAGGCUGCGCGCUUUCGCAGCGCAAUCGGGAUUGCAAUGUACGUGUCCCAGGAUCGACCCGACGUUGCCUUCACAGUGAGGGUUCUGUCUCAGAAGCUCCGAGAGCCGACAGUGCAAACUUGGAGUUCGGGUCAGAGGUUGGCAUCGUACUUGGCGUGCACCACAGGUUACGCAAGCAAGGUGCAUGCCCGAGGUGACAAGCUUAGCAUUCUUGAGCCUUCCGAUCCUGGUGGAGCGCGUGAUGGAGUCCUGCUGGAGGUGUUCUGUGAUGCAGACUGGAGCGGCAACAAGCAGAAUCGCCGCUCGAUGAGCAGCAGCUCGUUCUUUUUGAACAGCUGCUGCGUCUAUACUUCCUGUAAAAGCCAGCGCUGCGUAAGCCUCAGUAGUACGGAAAGCGAAUUUUACGCUCUGGUCUCCGCGGCGUGCGACGGCAUCUACUUGAAAAGAGUUCUCGAAUACCUGCUUGAACUACCGGUGGAUCUUUGGAUGCGGACUGAUAAUGCAAGCUGUCGCCAGAUAUCUUUGAAGCAGGGUGUAUCAAAGCUAUGGGUGCAGGAAAAGACUGCAGAUGGAACACUGAAAGUUGGCUCAGUCGACGGGCGAUGGAACCCGUCAGAUCUUGGAACCAAGGUCCCAGCAACUGGGAGUCGCUUGAGAGCAUUGCUUUGCAUGCAUGACUUCGUUGACUGUGCCGGUGAUUGUAUCCAGGAGGUAGGCCGUGCCGACUAUGAUCAGUUGGUCGAGUCGUUGCAACACUGCAAGGACACAGCCCGUGUCCGGCGACUGAUCAACAAGUCGCUGAAGACCAAUGGUUUGAGCAACAGCAAUCUUGUUUUGAUGAUGGUGAGCUUGAUUGCAGGUGCAGAUGCAAGUGGCACAAGGCGUGAUGUGAGUGUUCAGACAGAACCAGAGACAAGAUGGUUCAGCGUUUGGGUGACCGGUUUGGUCAUCCUCGUGUCUCUGCUGGGUGUCAUGCUGAGCCUUGAGCGGCUGCGGGCCGAUCGCCGCAGGGACGAUGCAAGCGCGUAUAGGACCACCAGUGCCGAGCCGAGCACGUCUGUGCCAGAGUAUGGGCGAUGGAGUGUGAUCGCCGCAAUCCUGUGCGGUGUGCCUUCGCUUGUGUGCUUGAUGCUCAUGAUGCAGCUACGCAAGUUGAGAUUCUUGCUGGUGGCAGAAAGGCAUGAGACCGAUCGUUUGCAAGGAGUCAUCAAUGAAAUGGACUAUGACCGCAUGAUGUGGGCAGAGCACCAUGCACGAGAGGGUGCAUCAGCGUCAUCAUCAGGUGUACCGUUGCAAGUUGCAUCCACCAGUGGGCGUGUGGGCAAUGCUACAGUGCCAGGGCAUACGCCAGAGUUGCAUGUUUAUUGCACUGCAAGGCGAGGCAAAGCUUACCAUGCAAAGCGCGGAUGCACAUGCUUGAACAACGCUGAUGAGAUCCUGCGACUUGGCUUAGCAGAGGCCAAGGAACGUGGCUACCAGCCAUGUGGGCGAUGCUUCGGAGGCAAUCGCAAACAGAAAUGA